UAGUGGCGACGUGCACAGUCAACAAGCAGCAGCAGACACGCGCUCGACGUCGAGGAGGCGCGGCCCUUGCGGGAUGGAGCCCGUGGUGCCCCGCGAAUUGUGCCGUUUAUUUAACGGAGAGAGGAGAAAAAAUCCCGUGGGAUGAAACGGACACGGCGGCUCGCUUGCAUUUGGCGCCGAGCGUGCAAGUUAACAGCUGAACGACAGGAACGCUUAAAGGGCCAGUAUGGACCGAUGCGCAACGGUUCUAGACCGCGAGAAACAGUAUUGCGAACUGUGUGGUAAGAUUGAAAACCUUUUAAAAUGCGGUCGCUGCAGGAUUUCCUUCUACUGCAGCAAGGAUCACCAGAAACAGCACUGGAAGAAACACAAACUCACCUGCAGAGAGGCUGACAAGACCAAGACUGCACAGAAACCAGCCGAAAACCAGUCCGAUCCAAACACAAUAACCGAAAGCUCAGAAACAGAAAACCCUAACACUAAAAUCAACCUCCAAACACAAAAACUGGCCACUGAGUACGUAAUCCCGUGCAUGAACAAACACGGCCUCUGUUUUCUAGAUAACUUUCUGGGUGAAGAUAUCGGACUUUCUAUCCUGGAAAACGUGAAAGUCCUUCAUCAGACUGGAAAAUUCACUGAUGGCCAGUUGGUCAGUCAGAAAAGUGACUCUUCAAAGGACAUCAGAGGGGAUAAAAUCACUUGGAUUGAGGGAAAUGAGCCUGGAUGCGAAAAGAUCCGUUUCUUGAUGAGUCGUAUGGAUGAUUUGGUCAGGAAUUGCAAUGGAUUACUGGGAAACUACCUGAUAAAUGGAAGGACAAAAGCAAUGGUGGCGUGUUAUCCAGGUAAAGGCAAGGGUUACGUGCGCCAUGUGGACAACCCAAACGGCGAUGGGAGAUGUAUCACAUGCAUAUAUUACCUUAAUAAGAACUGGGAUGCCAAGGAUGGGGGUUUGCUGCGAAUAUUUCCAGAGGGUAAGGCUCAGUUUGCGGAUAUUGAACCCAAGUUUGACCGUUUGCUUUUAUUCUGGUCUGACAGACGAAACCCUCAUGAGGUUCAACCUGCAUAUGCCACAAGAUAUGCUAUAACCGUGUGGUAUUUUGAUGCUGAUGAGCGGGCGAGGGCUAAAGAAAAAUAUUUAACAGGUGGUGGAGAGAAAGCGGUCAAGGUAGAGUUAAACAAGCCGUCCGAUCCGAGCUAGUCAAAUGAUCCUUAAUCUGGAUUUGUCCCGGUUACGUGCUGUGUUAAAGAAGGAGAGGGAAUCAGAGGACGCUUUGGAGUCCAAGAUGAAGCAAGAGACAUAUUGAAGUGGUUGAUGCAAAAUUUACCUACAGUGUUACCACAAAGCGGACUUGACUUUGGAUAUGACACUGUUCUUUAGAUUUUGUUUUUGGAUAAAGGUACAGUAAUCUGUAUUGAAGUUAAUGCUUCCCAUGUGAUUGAAGUCACAGUGUUUUUAAAGGGAAUAAUUUUUCCUUGAAGUUUAAAAGAGAAAUACAGUUUUGUUUUGGUUCUCAGGUGAAAUGCAUUUUGAUCUUUUUCAAUCGUGCUGCAUGUUUAUUUCUCAUUGCUUUAUUACUGCUGAUUUGAUUGUUUUCAGCAUGGACAGACACUCUUGAAUGUUAGAGAGGUUUCAGAUGCAUGAUGGGAUGUGGUCUGAUAUAGACUUGUCUUUUAGUUAAGAGUCUUGUUCUGAAAUACCUGCACAUUAUUGUCAACAAAAUAAAACCCUGUUUAUCCAA